AUGAUCCCAUUCAGAAAAUUCUCCCACUGCCAAUGGAAAGUUAACAAUCACGGCAAGAGAAUCAUCUCGGAGCAACAGCAGGAGCUAGCUGAACGAAUAAUCAGCGAAUCUGAUCGUCUUGUGGAUGAGAUUCGGGAGAAGACCCAGCAGAAUCACGGGGAGAGUAACCACAGACUAGAAGAACGUAUCACUGACAUAAAAUUCCUCAAGGAUGAGCUUGAGAGCUAUAAAGCUGAAUGCUGUGCCGAAGAGGAAGCCCUCAAAACGUACAGGAUGCGUGUGGGGAAGGCGCUGGCGGUCUUCCGGGAGAAAUACCUACCAAUUUGCCGGAAGUGCUUGGCAAUCCGGGAACAACGUGUGGAAACGGAUAUUGUGCGGGAUGAAGUUGAGAAGGAACUGCAGAAGGAGUUGAGAGUCAUUGAGGAGUCCCUGGAAUCGCUGGAGAAAGCCCACACAGAUGCCAACGAGCAAAUCCGUCGUAUUCGUGCAGCAAUGUACCAAGUGGACAAGGAUCUCCUCCUGAAGGCCACAGCUCAGGGUAUCGAUGAGAAAUGCCUCGAAAUUAAGCCAACGCAGCUCAAUCUUCGUGUUCAGCAAAUAAAUCCAGAGAAGGAUGCUUUCAACACCACAAUGGAGUCCUGGCAGAAGAUCACACUGGAUACAAUUCAGAAAUCAUCUCAGGAGAUCACUAAAGCACGAUCUCUGCGCUCCUUCAUUGAUGUUCUCCUGCGUCAGGUGGCUGAGGAUAUUUUUUCCCGGACAGAGGCAACAAAUGUGGCCUUCCGGAAGCGCAUUGGUGAAGUUAAGGGCACCAAGGAACGUCUGGAGGACGUCCACAGGGAAACACUACGACAGGUGAAUGAAAUUGAGCGAAAUUUGGGACGCUUGGAGCAUGAGCUCGUCACAAAGGAGGGCUUCAUUGCGGCCUGUACGAUGCGUCUGAGUGAACGGAAGAAGCGUCCUGGGACAGAGCUUUGCCUGGACAUUCCGCAGGAGACGCUGCUGCGUGAAUUGGCGAACUUAACACUGAGCUGCAAACAACUCGAGCAGAUGAUCACGGACUCAAAGACAACGCUGCGGUACUUGCUGAACACGCAGAUGCAGCAGGAGCGUGAGAUUAAUGUGAAGAUGAACUCCUUGAAGGUGGAUGAAGUUGAUUGCAUGUCCCUGCGGCAGGGUCUGGAGUUUCAAUCUUUCUAA